GUCACUUAAGUUACGCCAUCUGUGUUUGAACGUGGCGGCGCUAGAAGAUGUGAAAAAUACGUUUCAGUAAAGCAUUUUUUGGUUGUUUGUUUUUAUGUAAACAUAUCUAAUGAUACCAAGAUCUUUAACGUGUUGUAUUUACCAGUAACUCAUGCUGUACGCGUUAUUCCUCUGCAGUUAUGAUUAACAGAUCAGACAUGACAGCUGCGCCUUGUAAUCAGUGGACGGGCUUGUUCAAUGUUGGAGAAGAGUUUGAUGAUGAGGAUUUGCUUGAAGCUGAUUGGUCGUGUGCAUCAGAAUCCGAAAAAUCCACCCAUGUUCAGAAAAACACUGCUAGCUCAUCAUCUAUACCUGCGGGAAGUACACCAGGAUUUCUCCGUGCCCCAGCAUGUGGCCCUGUGAAUACUUUAAGCAACCUCACCAUCCCUGUCCAUCAAUCGACAUCAUCCUCCAUUCCUUCUCUUCGCGCUCCAGCAUCAUCUUUGCAGCCCUCUUCAAUAAUAAACCCUCCACCCCCAGCAUCUCGCAGUGUCCCGCAGAGUGAGCUUCCAGCUCAGGAUGACUUUGAUGACUGGGAUGUGGAUCUGGACGAAUUGGAUGAAAGCAUUCCUCAAAUGGUUUCUCAGCCACAGAAGAAUAUUGCACCAGACUCUGCAUCAGACAGCAUUUCCUCUGCUAAACGAAUGAGACCGUCAACAUCUAGUGGAGCACAGGUGUCCUCUCACAUCAGCUUCUGCUCUAGUACCUCAAUGUCAGCAGUAGUACGGCCCUCAGUCAACAUUUCAUCCACCUUGCAAGUGCCCACACAUCUGUCUACUCCAAUACAGAUUCGGAGUCACACGCGGGGGCCAGUGACACCAGUCUCGCAGUUUCCCAGACCUGUGACUCCUAAACCCCCAGUUGUGUCGUCUCAAAGGUGGGCCGGUCCUUCAACACCAAGGACCCCAUUGCAGCCUCGGGGAUCUCUCUUUCACUCUGUGUCUUCCUCACCUGAUCCCUCCCCUACACUUACAUCUCGACCCCUCAAUACGCCCGUCAUGACCAAUCACCUGGUCCAGCUGGUGUCUGCAGCCAAUAAGACACCUCAGAGACCACAAAGCAGUGGGAUGCGAUCCAAAGCACGUCGCUUUCCUGGUCCGGCAGGGGCACUGCCACAACAGGUUGGCGGGCGGAGUCUUGACGACAUCGUUGUGUCAGUUCCUCAGACACCCGCGCAUGGAGCCGUUGCUCGUUCACGAAGUGAGGGUUCAAGUUCUCAAGGGAGUGAGGAGGAGGAAUUCAGCAGGGGUCCGUGGGCAGUGAUGAAGGCUGAAAUGGGAUUGGACGAGAAGAACCCUUCAUGCUUCCUGCACUCCUACAGUGUUGUCAUGGUGCUCCGCAAGGCUGCUCUCAGGCAGCUGGCUAAGAAUAAAGUCCCUAACAUGGCUGUCGUCUUGAAGAGUAUCACACAUACACAUGCUGAUGCAAAGGCCAUCUUCAGAGACCACACAGGUGAGAUGCAGGGCACAGUUCAUCGUCGCCUGGUGGAAGACAGACAGGGCGAUCUCAAGACAGGAGCUGUGUUAUUACUAAAACAAGUGGGCGUGUUUUCACCAUCACAUCGAAAUCACUACCUGAACGUCACACCCAAUAACCUUCUCAAGAUUUACCUGCCUGAUGGAGUCCUAUGCAACUCCCAGAUAUCCCUUCCUCCCCUGGAGCUUGUGUCGCAGUGCGAACCCGAAAAGACUGCAGGAGGUCCGGUCUCUCGGAUGGAGCUCCACUUUGAUGAUGAUGAUGAUGAGGAGGAGGAGGGUGAAAACACUGUUGCGUUAAGGAGGGCUGCUGCUGGUUCAGAUCAUACUGCCGCUGUCUCUAAUGAGAUCUGCCAAGCACCUACAGGCUCUGGGCCGACAGAGGACACAGCAUGGGAAACAGAUGAUCUCGAUGAGCUGCUCGGAGAGUUACCUGUGGAGUCGAUUGGUGGACAACUUUGAACACGCUGUCACUUUAUGUACAAAGUUUAGUAUUAGACCAUGUCAGAUAUUAUGCAUACCAUGAUCAGACACAACAUAUGUAAACAACAACACCCAUUAAACAAACAAUACAUUU